AUGGCAAAACCUUUCAUCUCUACUCUCUUCCUUAUUCUCUUCAUCCUCUUGACCACCUUUCCUUCUUCACAUUCAAACAACCAUUCUGAUCUCGAAGCUCUUCUGGCCUUCAAGAAUUCCAUACACGACGAUCCAUUGCAUGCUCUGAGCUCGUGGAACGAAACAACGCAUUUCUGCAGGUGGAAUGGCGUCACAUGUAGCAAAAGGCACCCCCACAGAGUUGUCUCGGUUAUCAUGUCGUCUCAAGGCCUUGUGGGAUCGCUCUCGCCUCACAUAGGUAACCUCUCUUUCCUCAGAACCGUCAACUUGAAAAACAACAUCUUCAGUGGCCCAAUCCCUGAGGAGAUUGGCCGCCUCAGAAGGCUUGGCAAGAUCGAGUUUAGUAAUAAUUCUUUUGGAGGUGUGAUUCCAACAAACCUAUCACAAUGCACAAAUCUUUAUUACCUAAAUUUGAUUGGCAAUCAGCUCACCGGAGUCAUAGUCCCCGAGAUUGCUUCUCUUGUCAACCUCCAAGCAGUAGGCUUGUCGAGGAACAUGCUCUCGGGGACUAUUCCGUCAUUCCUAGGAAACCUAACGGAUCUAUUACAACUGGCAUUACAAGAUUGCCGGUUCCAAGGAGAGAUUCCGAAGUCCCUCGCUCAGCUUAGAAGAUUGCAAUGGCUAAAUUUGGGUGGCAACAAUCUUACUGGUACUAUACCAUUAGGCCUUUAUAAUGUUUCAAGUAUCGAAUUUUUCGUAUUUGAUUACAAUCGACUCCAUGGAAACAUACCUGUCGACAUAGGCUCUACACUUCCUAAGUUGAGGUACCUUGAUUUGUCCGUCAAUCAUUUCAGUGGAGCGCUUCCAGCUUCUCUAUCGAACUGCAGCCUGAUUAGAGUAAUAGCAGUAUGUGCAGCCAAUUUCACUGGAAAUAUUAUAGAUUUAACGAGGCUUUCAGCUCUUGAAUUUCUUAAUGUUGGCAGUAACCGUUUCAAUGGAGAUAUAGGUAGUAUUUUAUCAUCCCUCACAAACUGCACCAACCUAAAGUUUUUGCGCUUUUUUGACAACCAUUUCACUGGUUCAUUGCCAGAUUCCAUUGGAAAUCUUUCUAAUCACUUGUGGUACCUGGUCAUUAGUCAAAAUCAGUUAAGUGGAAGCAUUCCAUCUAGUGUAGGAAACCUUGUUGGUCUCAAUACUUUAUAUGCUGAUACCAAUAAUCUAAAAGGUCCAAUUCCCUCCUCCAUUGGAAAACUUCAUAAGUUGCAACUACUCAGUCUCUCUGGAAAUGGACUGACAAAUGAGAUACCAUCUUCAUUUGGCAACUUGACUUUGUUGAACGAUCUCUACUUGGGACAUAACAAUCUUUCUGGGAGUAUACCUCAAAGUUUAGGCAAUUGUACCAACUUGUUAUUGUUAUCUCUUUCAGAUAACAAUCUCGGUGGUUCAAUACCUCCCGAAAUUGUUAAGCUCUCAUCCAUUGCCAUUGCACUUGACCUAUCUCACAACGCAUUGACCGACACUAUUCCAUCAGAAGUUGGGGCUUUGAGAAAUCUUGGGAACAUGGACUUGUCCCACAACAGAUUAUCCGGAGCCAUCCCACCUUCUUUGGGGGGUUGCGUGAUGCUCAGCUCGCUUUACCUAGGGGGAAAUUCUCUUCUGGGUGAGAUACCUGACAGUCUCACGGCUCUGAGAGGUUUGCAAUAUUUGGAUAUUUCGCAGAAUAAUCUCUCAGGGAUGAUUCCAAGAUUUCUUGUCGAGUUCCGCUUGCUGUAUCUCAACAUAUCUUACAAUGAGUUGCAAGGUGAAGUCCCAACUCUCGGAGUUUUCCUAAAUGAAAGUGCAUUCUCACUUGAAGGAAACCAAGGCUUGUGUGGUGGAAUUGCAAGCCUAAAUCUUCCUUCUUGUCCACCAUCACCAAAAUCAAACAAUAAAGGUUUAAGGAUAAUCUUGAUCCCAACUAUUGUUGGAGCCAUAUGCCUUGCACUUGCAGUGGGCUUAUGUGUGAUCAUUAUCUACAAACGGCGUGCAUUGCAAUAUGUUGGAACCCCAAUAUUCCAACUACCAGAGUUUUUGAGGCUAUCUUACGGAGAUCUCUUGAAUGCCACAAAUGGAUUCUCAGAGAUGAAUCUAGUUGGUGUCGGUAGAUUUGGUUCUGUGUAUAAAGGAACUAUCAAUGAUGAUGAUGAGCAGACAAAUGUGGCAGUGAAGGUUCUUAAUCUCAAUGUAAGAGGAGCUUGCAAGAGUUUGGCAUCAGAAUGCAAUGCAUUGAGAAGCAUACGACACAGAAACUUGCUCAAGAUUGUGAGUGUGUGUGACAGCAGUGAUUUUCAAGGGAAUGACUUUAAGGCAUUGGUGUAUGAGUUUAUGGCCAACGGAAGCCUCGACAAUUGGCUGCAUCCUGAGAAUGAAGAGUAUAGAGCUCUAAGUGCUAUUCAGAGACUGAAUAUUGCUAUUGAUGUUGCAUCUGCGGUCGAGUACUUGCAUUGUGGUACUGACUCCAUAGUUAUUCAUGGUGAUUUGAAGCCGAGCAACAUUCUCUUGGACAAAGACAUGGUCGCCAAAGUUGGUGAUUUUGGAUUAGCCAAAAUUGUUUCAUGCAGUUCAGAGUAUGGCAUGAACCUUGUUGCAUCAACUCAAGGGGAUGUAUACAGUUACGGAAUUCUUGUCCUUGAGAUGUUCACAAACAGAAGACCAACAAGUGACGCAUUUGAAGGGUGUCUAAAUCUCCAAGACUUCGUUAGCACAGCCUUAACCGACCGUGUAAUAGAAGUAGUGGAUCCAUUUCUGCAUCAAGAACUUAAUGUGGAUGAAACAUAUUGGGAUUGUAUUGUUUCAAUUCUAAGGAUUGGAGUGAGAUGCUCGAAGCAGCUUCCAAGAGAUCGCAUGUCAAUUGGAGAGGUUGUUAAUGACUUGAAAAAGAUUAGAAAUGUGUUUCCUAUACUUUGA